AUGAAGCUGCUGGCUGCAUGUGUCCUGGUUUUCUCUGUGAUGGCUCGGACCAGAGCUGACCCUAUCCAAGAUGAUGGUUCCACUGAUCAGGAAGAAGUUGACUUGGUCCAGAGAUCUUCUUGUCCUCCCGGCUGGUCGCCAAUCAAGAAUCGCUGCUUUCGCUAUGUUCCCAGACCCAUGACCUGGGCUAGAGCUGAGAGAAACUGUCUGUCCAUGGGGGCACACCUUGCAUCAGUUCAUUGCUUGAAUGAGUACCAUCAGGUUCAGUCUCUGAUAACUACGGCAUCUCACGGGUCCAAAGAAACAUGGAUUGGAGGCAUUAAUGCACAGGAGACGAGCAUUUGGUUUUGGAGCGAUGGAAGCCCUCUGCACUACACAAACUGGUGUGAUGGAGAGCCUAAUAAUUUGAGAAACAAUCAGCACUGUUUGCAGAUGAACCAUUCUGGUGAAAAGUGCUGGGAUGACGACUACUGUUCUGUCCGUCAUCCUUCUGUCUGCGCCAAGAAAAUCUUAUGA